CUACACCAUGUAUCAAAGCCAUCAGUCCAAGUGAAGGAUGGACUACAGGAGGUGCCACUGUCAUCAUCAUAGGAGACAAUUUCUUUGAUGGGUUACAGGUCAUAUUCGGCACCAUGCUGGUUUGGAGUGAGCUGAUUACUCCUCAUGCCAUCCGCGUACAGACACCUCCCCGACAUAUCCCAGGGGUUGUAGAAGUCACAUUGUCCUACAAGUCUAAGCAGUUUUGCAAGGGAACGCCUGGCAGAUUCAUUUACACAGCUCUGAAUGAACCCACCAUUGACUAUGGUUUCCAAAGGUUACAGAAGGUUAUACCCCGGCACCCUGGUGACCCCGAACGCUUGCCAAAGGAAGUAAUACUUAAGAGGGCUGCUGAUUUAGUAGAAGCACUGUAUGGUAUGCCACAUAAUAACCAGGAAAUAAUCCUGAAAAGAGCAGCAGAUAUCGCAGAAGCACUCUACAGUGUCCCCCGCAAUCACAACCAGCUCCCUGCCCUUGCUAACACGUCAGUCCAUGCAGGAAUGAUGGGAGUGAAUUCCUUUAGCGGUCAACUAGCUGUCAAUGUUUCCGAAGCCUCACAAGCCACCAAUCAGGGUUUUACUCGCAACUCAAGCAGCGUGUCACCUCAUGGCUAUGUGCCAAGCACCACCCCUCAGCAGACAAAUUAUAACUCUGUCACAACAAGCAUGAAUGGCUAUGGGAAUGCUGGAAUGUCAAAUUUAGGCGGUUCUCCAACCUUCCUGAAUGGAUCUGCUGCCAAUUCUCCCUAUGCCAUUGUGCCAUCAAGUCCGACAAUGGCGUCCUCCACUAGCCUCCCCUCAAACUGUAGCAGUUCCUCUGGGAUUUUCUCCUUCUCACCAGCCAACAUGGUCUCAGCGGUGAAACAGAAGAGUGCUUUUGCGCCUGUUGUGAGACCGCAAACUUCUCCUCCUCCCACCUGCACCAGCACCAAUGGCAAUAGCCUGCAAGCUAUAUCUGGCAUGAUUGUUCCCCCCAUGUGA